AGCCCAUAAUAGACACAUCCUCGUUUUUGGCUAGAUUGGUCUGGUCGUAAGGAGUCAGGAUGAAGGCGCCCACUGUAGUGCUGCGCUGUGCCGUCUUGUCUCUGGGUAGCUGCUGACCGCUUACUACAACUAGAGGAUCUGUUGGGACAACUACCCGAUUAAUUGAGUUAUAUAAUUACGUUUACAUCCACGUGGCAUCAGCGCUCAUCGCCUACCGAGGAGUCAUGGAUCUUCAGAGCCAUCAUGUCGAGCCGGAUACCACCAACAACAACCGCAGCAGCGGCACAAUCACCGUCACCGAAGUCCGCCCAAAAAUCCCAUUUCUGAAGCUCCGCCAGACGUGCGACCGGUGCAGCGAAGCCAAGGUCAAGUGCGACAAGGGAAACCCGCGGUGCGGCCGCUGCGACAGGCUCUUGCUCGACUGCGUCUACAGCCCGGCUAGACGCAUUGGCAGGCCUCGUCCCCGUUCCCGGCGCUCUCCAGACCAAGAAGGCGGGGGACGCCCGGCUCGCGAUGCUCGUGAUGUCGAUGACGCCGUGAUGACCGACAGAGCCGACUACACGGCACCAGCACCACCGCCCCUGGCCCCGGCCCCGGCCCAGCCCCCUCAACAAACCCCAACGCCGUGGCACCUAAACCUAAACCUCGACGAGCCGCUGCCGAACUCUCUCUCCGAUGAGGGUCGCUGGAGUGCGUCAGCUAGUGCCAGUGGUAGUGCGAGUGCCGGCCUCGGCGCCAGAAGCAACGACGCCCUGCAGUCCACCAACAUGAGCAUGAGAGACGACAGCCUCCUCGGCGGCAGCCUGGAGCAGCCCCCGUCGUUGGGCAUGGACGUGGACGAGGUCCGGCACAAUCCCUACGAGUACGACUGCGCGACCGUGGCCGUGGCAACGCUCGGGAAACUUGCCGCGGCGGGGCUCGAUGGCCAGCAGCCGUCGGCUACUACUACUCAGACUACUCAGACAACCGCGGCCAUCGACCUGCUCGCCGAAAAAAUACCCCGUGCGUGCAGACAGGCCGCUCGCAUACUCGUGUGUCCAUGCUCGGCCGACAUGGACACGGCUCUGCUGGCCGCGUCCCUGGCCACCGCCAUCCUCGACGCCGCCGACGCCGCCCUGCGAACCCUCAAGCCUGCGGGACAUGCGCUCGACGACGAGCAGCACACCGUCCUGGCCCUCGGUACUCUCCCUAACAUAUCCCGGGUCGUCACCCUCUUCACUCAUCGCUACAGCGUCACCCAAGCCAGCCGUCCCCCAAAGGCGCUACUUUUGCUUGCCUCUUCCUUGAGGACCACGCUCAAGGCCUUGGCUGAGGAGACGACGAACCGCUUCCUCGACAGCGGCGACGCAACCUCCUCGCGUCGAGGUGGCAGCUAGUGGUGGUUAUGUAUGAUUACGAAGUAUAUCGAUCCAAGACCUGACAGCGCAUUCGAGUCUGGGUAUGUAAAUGCACUGAAAUUGGGAAAGCUUCGUUCGCCUUAAGAUUCCCCAAUUUUCAAUACGCUGAAAUCCAAAGGCAAAGCCUUCGGAUUAAUCUUUUUGUCGACAGUGUUAUGUACGAAACAAUUAUUGACAAAUAGGAUUUCUGAAACCGGGGAUAUAACCAAUAGAAUUCCUAGAAUGUUUCUUAGCAUAUAUUAGUGUCUUAGUUUAACUUUGUGAAAGCUUAGCUCUAGUGUUCUACUAUAUGUGUGGAAUCGCACUGGUACUAGUAUUCCAGCUACAUACGAAGGUG